GCGGCCAGCUGUCUUCUCAAGGCUGGAGCAUCCGUUGAUCUUCCAGGCGGUCCAGAUUUGGAGACGCCGCUGCACGAUGCUGUGACGAAUGCGCAUCUACCCUGUUGCAAACUCCUGCUGAAGUACGGUGCCAAUCCCGAGGUUCCCAACGCCCUCGGCCUGUCUCCUCUGAAUGUCUGUGCCAAUAUGCUAGAACGCCUAAAGCGCCCAGCUAAGCCUAAUGUAAGUUCUAUUUUGGACAAACUAAUGACUAACCGGUCUAACGGCGGGACCAUUCUGGCCGCCUGCGAACUGACUCGUACAAUAUAUAAGUUGCGCCUCUCAGUUAGAUUCUUCUGUCGGAUCGAGAACAGUAGCAUCAAGUUGGUACAGUUCGCACCUGUUGCAGUUGCCACAGAGGAGAGCGCCCUAAAGCCGAAGUCGGAAAUGUCCUAUCUACUUGUGGGCUCAGGAAGUAUCUCAUCUCAGCGACGACUUCGACCUGUUCUUCUUGGGACCGGACUGAGUAGAAUUCAGCGCACACAGUUCGUUCGUGUGGCCUCACUGCUGCACGCCCGCGUCGCCACAGAGAUGUCACCGGAGGUCACACACCUGGUCACCGGUGCAGCACUAAGUCCGCAGUCAGACAACCAGAAAAAGAAGCCGUCCAAAGGUGGGGACAAAGUCUAUCCCAAUGAGUCUAAUUGCCCGCGAACGCUCAAGUUUUUGUCUGCCGUUUUGCAGGGCUGUUGGAUACUAGCUUUCGACUGGAUCGAGACCUGUUCAUUCGUCAAGUCGCGUGUGGAAGAGGAGGGAUUUGAACUGCCUGGCUGCAGUACAGCUCCUAUCACCAACGCUCCGCGGAAGGCACGCCAGGCUCGGGAGGCGGGCUCGGCCGGUCUUUUUCAUGGGUUUCGCCUGUGUCUCCUGGUAAGCUGGUGUUUUAUAUUUUUGUGUACAUUUACCACUCGGGUUUUUGUUUACCAGAAGUAUCCUUUGUGUUUUAAAAAUAGUGUUAGUCCUUUUUCGCUCAGCUUGGUUUAG